CUUUUAGGAGACCGUUGCAUUGUCAACAUGCACAAGUUUUGUUUUGUGUCCUGCAGUUAGUUAAUAUGUAACACUGAAGAACUUGUGGGAAAAAAAAAUAUUUUUGUCUACUCAUGAUUCAGUUGUACAGCUGAAAACUAAAAUUACCGUAUUUUCUUGUCUGUUAAGACCACUGUCUGGCUACAGACUCGUAGAUUUAGUAGUGAAUAAUGAAAUUAGAACUGAACUGGGUAUCAAACAUGUACUUAAGAAAAUGAAAUAUCGAAAGAAAUGACAUGAAAACAUUCAUAAGAACGAAUAGCCUACCAAAAGUAAUAUACAUGUGUACAACUCAUAGGAAGAGGAAUACUGGGCAUCCUAAAGCAAGAUGGAAAAAAAAACUGCAAUCUGCUUGAAAUUGGAGCAGAUGGUGAUGCUUAAACAAGAACUGGCUAUGAUGGUGGUCUUAUCUUGUCCCACUCUUCAGUAGCAGAAGCUUUUCCUUUUUGUGAGAGGCCAGGGCAGGACAGAGAUGGAUUUAAUUGUAACAAUAUACCUACAAUAGACCUACUGCUGUCAGGUAUUUGCUAUCACUAGGAAAUGUGUUACACAUAACAAUGAAAAUACUGUUCAGCCUUUAAUAUCAACUUGACUAGUACCACCAAGUUACAGUUAGGAUGAAUGGGCAUAGACAGAGGGUGUAUCCCGGCAACACACAGUAUCCUGUUGAAGAGCAUGGUCUACAAUAUGACAGUCAUGAUCUUGGUGUCUGUUCCACCACAUGCACCAUCUGGAUUCUUCCUCCGUACACCAGUUUCUCGGAACUACACAGAAGCUUGCAAAGAAAAGAAAGAGGACUUCCGAUAAUAUUGCAUUGCGGAGCAGCAGUAGCCCACAAAACAAGAAUACCAGAAGUGAUGACAGUCAUUCAGCAAGUACUUAUGAAGAUCAGGAUGAAAAUUUCAGCAGCAGCAACUGCCGACAAAAUUCUAUUGAGAAAGUAUCAAAUGUAGAUGAGACCAGAUAUUCUUUAGGUAAUAUAUUCAGAGACAAUGACACUGUCAACAGCUAUGGUGAGUCUUGGAGGACAGUCAACAGUAAGAACAAACUGAAUAGAUACCCAUUAUUGCACAUUGGUGACCACCAUUACAGCUGUAAUUUCUGUUCCAAGAGAUUCACCAAGAAAGAUAAGCUAAAGAAGCAUAUGCAUGUGCACUCUGGGAAACAUUUCUUCAGUUGCACUGAGUGUGACAAAACAUUCAAAGAAGCCUCUGCUCUGAAGUAUCACAUGGCUGCACACAAGAGUCAAUGCCUAUUCAUUUGUGUCAUAUGUAGUAAAGUGUUCACACAGGAGAUUAACCUGGAGUACCACUUGCGCUCACAUACAGUUGAACGACCCUUCAGCUGUUCUAUUUGCUGCAAGAGAUUUACAAGUAGCAGUAUCUUAAAGGAGCACUUGAAUAUACACUCAGAUGAACGUCCGUACAGUUGCACUGAGUGCAGCAAGACAUUCAAAUCACCCAAAUAUCUGAGAGUGCACAUGAAGGUACACACAGGUGAACGUCCAUUCAUUUGCUUUAUUUGUAAGAAAUCAUUUAUACAGAAAUGUGACCUAAAGAAUCAUUUGCGCAAACAUACAGGUGCACGACCCUUUAGCUGUACCAUAUGUUACAAGACAUUUAUUAGUAGCAGUGUCUUAAACCAGCACUUGCGCACACACUCAUCUGAGUGCCCCUUCAGGUGCACUGUGUGCAGCAAAUCAUUUAAAUGGAAAAGUAGCUUGACGACACAUUUACGUAUCCACACAGGUGAACGUCCCUUCUGCUGUACUGUAUGUAGCAAGGCAUUCACUGAUAGUAGCACUCUAAAGAAACAUUUGCGUGUCCACUAUUUGAGUGCCCCUUCAGUUGCAAGAUCCUUAGUAAGAUAUUUGCAGUGAGCAAUAUAGAAUAUGGAUGAAUGUUUGUAGUUGGAAACGUCAUAUGCUACUGAACAUUUCGGAAUGCUCUUGAUAAACUAUUUACACAAAGUAGUUAUCUGAUGUGAACUCUGUUAUGUGCUCAUUUUCAAAUAUGUUACAAACACUGGCAAAUAUUCACACACAAUAUGCAGAACCAUAUAUUUGCAUAAUUGUUUUCCUGUUAAAGUCAAAUUAAAAUAUAUAUUUAGACAACUGGAAACUGUUGUAUCUUUUUUGGAAGAUUAAAUAGUUAAGUGUUUGUAA